AUGUCCGAUUCGCUUGAUCCAGAACUGCCGAAACCUUUCCCAGACGAUCGCAGCUUCUCCUUCCUAUCUUCCCCGUACAUAAGCUUCGAUGGUGAUCGUCCUAAGGCUAACAUUCAGAGCCACGAUCCGUCUUUAGACAUGUCUGCUGGCAGACCUGUCGACAACGCCGAGAGUUAUGCAAUCGAACGGCUUGUAAAUCUCAAGCGAAAACUGAGAACUUUGGAGUCGGAUAUGUUCUGGGAUCGACUGAUGGUUGACUUGACUUCUACCUGCGGAGCUCAAUCUGGAUUUGUUGUCCGAAAGAUCCCUGCUGAAGAACAAAUCCACGCAACGGGGCGGCGUCAAUGUACUUUGCUAGGCAUGGUUUUUUAUUACGAUGACGGAGAUCAGCGGGGCAUGGAAAGAAAUAAGUAUUUCGUUGGGGAAAACCCAUUGUCCCACGUUGAAUACGACAAGCCUUGUUUGGUUCCGGAUGAUCUGGGGCAAUCCGUGGCAGGCCAAAUACCUUUCGCUGCCAAAGCGUACCUCUCGAUUCCAUUAUUUUCUCAAGGGAAGUGUCUGGCCCAUCUAGGUCUGAUGUGGUCGGACGAGGGUUUGCGGAGGCGGAACCUUUCGUGGUUGUCUCUGGAGAUGACUCUGUACUCUUUAGAGGACAUGGUUGUACAGCGUAUUCUGCUCGAUAUGGACACUGCAAUGACAGGUCUGCAACAGGGCCUUGAUUUGUCUAAUCCGAACCAUGAGGCAGUCGUUCGUGAUUCCCCUAGUGUUCAGCCGCAUGAUCCUGCCAAAUGCCACAUUCAACCGCUGAAGCCAUAUGCACGAAGCCUGUCCCAUGAGCUCCGGACACCAAUGCAAGGCGUUGUCGGGAUGCUAGACGUCAUGCAUGCCACUGUCCGCGAGGCUAUCAAGUGCAAGAACCAUGCGAAGACGAACGAUGUCUUCAGAUCUCUAAAGGAAAGCAUUGAAAUGGUUCAAGAUAGCGCAAGGCGGGUCGUCGAAGCUGCCGAUAACGUCGUUCAUGCGUACGACCUGAAUAUGCAAGUUCCAGAAACUCCACGGAAAGAGCUUGAUACUGAAAUUCUAGCCGGGUUCCCGCCACCUUCGGCCACUGUGCGUGAAGACCAAGCAGCCAUUUUUGUUGAGGGUGACAAUAUUUCCGCGAACCCAUACAAACGACGGCGAGACGAUUCCGACCGGAAUCUUGGGCCGCCCCCAAAACAGAGGGUUCUGCCGAUUCCCUCGCAGGAACAGUGCUCGCCCCGUAGUAGUGAGGUCAGGGAUGCCGUUCACGAGAGCGAGAAAAUUAUGCAAGCUACACCUACAGGCCAGAUUGAAGAAGCCGUGGCUAAUAUGGCUAACCCUCGUCCGUCCCUUGCGGUCAGGAGGUCGGCACCCCAUCUUCUUCUCGAGGGGCUGAAGUUGAGGGAUCAUUCUUUGAAAUUGACCAAGCUGCGCGAUCUACUCCGUCUUGUCGUGAAUGAAUCACUUCACGUCGGCGGCCGUCCUGACUUUGCAGCGAGUCGACAAACGCAAUUCGGAGAGAAGAUUGAGGUUUCUUCACGCUUCUCAAACGGGCAUGUUUCGUCUAAAGUUAUCGACUGGUCUGUUGACCCCACGCUUCCUGACACUCUCCUUAUGGACAACCGAGACCUUGCAAAAUUGGUUUCUUGUGUUUUCCUGAAUGCUAUAAAAUUUACCAAUACGGGUGCCAUCACUGUCUAUGCAACUGUUAAACCCGAAACCAACCAUGUCUCGAUUACUAUUCGGGACACAGGAUCUGGUAUCCCUGAAGCGUUCUUGCCGAACCUCUUUAAGCCUUUCUCUCGUGAGAAUUCGUCGACCACGCAGAGCAAGGACGGGCUCGGCUUAGGACUGCUCGUUGCGAAGGGUCUGGCAAGAAAGAUGGGCGGCGAUCUCGUGUGCGUCCGUUCCUCUACUUCCGGUCCCGAUCGUGGUAGCGAGUUCGAGAUUAGACUUCCCAUCAAUCACCUUGAUGCGUGCAGCAAUAGUCCUUCUCCUCCAGAAAUGAGAGUCACGCCGCCGCCUUGUACUGUUGACCGGUCUAAGCCGGGCAGAGCAGAUAGUUCUAUCAACAGGACCUCUUUUCAGUCAUCUUCCCUUCCUCGUCAUAUAACCAAACCAAUUCAACAACCUUCUCCAAGUCUUACUGAUGAAGGCGUAUCUCCAUCAUCUUCAUACUCCAUAUCUACUCCCGACGGUGGCCGAACGUCAACCAUGGGCGGAGCUAACUUUGACAGUAAGCUGGGGGAAAAAUACCCCCUUACUCUCCUGGUUGCCGAAGAUAACCGGAUCAACCGGCGUGUGCUGGUGAGCAUGCUCAAGAAGCUUGGAUACCAUGAUGUCUACGAAGCCUGCGAUGGUAAGGAGGCUGUACGGAUCAUCCAGGAUACACUGGCAUUACGCAAUUCUGAAGAACAGGCACAAAAGGGGACCAAAUCCGGAAAUAAUGCACCAGGAAAUCACUGUCAUCAUGCGUCUGGUGGAUGCGGUCAAUCCCAGAAUGGGAGAAAUAUGAAACCUGUGGACCUAGUUUUGAUGGAUCUCUGGAUGCCAGAAAUGGACGGAUAUCAAGCCACAGCUAGGAUCUUUGAAUUGGUCAACGAACAUCGGAACAAAUCUUCUCAAAGUCCUGAAGGUUCCUCCACUUGUCUUCAGCCCGAUCUAUAUAACGAGAAGCCACACGCAUGUACACAAUCAGUUCCCACAUCGUCACUACUCACACCACCGCCGUCUCCCACGGUUCUCGCUGUUAGCGCAGACGUCACUGAUGAGGCCCUUGGGCGUGCCUCUAAAGUCGGAAUGAAAGGCUACAUGACCAAGCCGUAUAAACUUUCUGAUCUGGAGAAACUCAUUGUUGAGUUCUGUAUCAGUGGCGCUGACUGCAAUGGCACUACAGAAUAUAUAGCUUCAGACUUGAAUAGUAACAAUAAUGAUGAAUGAGAA